CAGUCAUUGGUGAGUCAAACUGUCUGCAUUAACGUCAGGAGAUUAGCUAGCGGUUCGCAGCUGGAAUGCAAGGUUAAUUCACAAAGGAAAGUGAGGAGGCGAAGCCACAGCUGCAGAUACGUAUCAGACGGCUACAUCACGCGCAGCCAUGAAAGGAGAGCAUUUAUUCCCGAAGAUGAGAGGCGCCAUUUUUUACCAGCGCUUUUACCUGCUGGGCGGGGAGGAGCUGCUGGUGCUGCAGAGCUCCGCGUGGGACCCCGUGCUCGGAGACGGCUUCCACCAGAUCACCGACUUCAACGACCUGCCCACCGCCCUCUUCGCCUGCAACGUGGACCAGUGCGUGUUCGAGGAGCGGGAGGGGAAGGAAAUGUUUGAGGCCCUGUUCCUGGCGUACGACGACCACGUGACGUUCCAGCUGUUCAAGAGCUUCCGUCGCGUGCGGAUCAACUUCAGCAACCCCAAAGCCGCCGCCAGCGCCAGGAUAGAGCUGCACGAAACGCCCUUCCGGGGCAAGAAGCUGAAGCUCUACUUCGCCCAGGUACAGAACCCAGCUUCCGACGGGGACAACCUGCACCUGGCGCCUCCCCAGCCCUCGAAACAGUUCCUCAUCUCCCCGCCGGGGUCGCCCCCCGUGAGCUGGCAGCAGAUCGACGAGGCCACGCCCGUCAUCAACUACGACCUCCUCUACGCCGUCGCCAAGCUGGGGCCCGGAGAGAAGUACGAGCUCCACGCGGGGACAGAGUCCACCCCCAGCGUGGUGGUGCACGUGUGCGACAGCGACACCGAGGAGGAAGAGGAACCAAAGAAUUGCCCCAAGCCAAAAAUCAUCCAGACCCGGCGCCCCGACCUUCCUGUAUCCCACUGAACUGUGACCUCACCAAACCCCCCCCCCUCCCCCCCACUACACCCCCAUCGGCAGCCCCCCCUGCAGGGAGGGAAGAGAACCCUGUCCCUGUGUCCCUGACAGGACCCCCCCAUCCCACCCCCAUGUUCUGUAAACCACCCCGCCCCCCGCCCACAAAAACCCACCACCACCCCACCAGUGUCCUGACAGUCCUGUCAGAAGGGCUAGAGGGGGCCUGACCUGUGCUCCUAAUCUGACACACGGCCAUUAAUGUGCGAUCACUAUGUUUUUUUUAAUUUUUUUUUAAAUUUGUUUGAUUGGCAUUAUUCUGUGUACAAUAACCAUGUCCUUAACCCUGUCUCACAGUUCUGUUGUAAUGUCACACACACACACACACACACACACACACAUCUAACAGCGGGAGGCAGCAGCAAUCAUGGCCGCCUUGAGCUCUGUGAUUGGCUGUGGGGCUGUGGCGCAUGAGAGUGUGAGAUUCCUAUUGGCCCGACUGGGCCUCGGGUGCGACUAGCUUCGUGCUUGCGCUGCUAGGCUAACAACCGCGCACGCCAACAUCGACAACGAAUAGUGCAUUUUCACAAGGGCAUGCUGGUCACUGAGGGUGACCGAAACCAGCGCUGCAUGAAUCGACACAGCCUGAUAUGAAAAAUAUAGCAGAAUAUUUCUUUUCACAGUCCCAGACGCUUGUCAGAGGUUAAUACUCACAUAGCAGUGCUGUCAAUCACAGGAAACCUUUGAACCUUGCCAAUGCAUGCACUGAUCUGAUAUUGUUUCGCGUAUCUACUAUGUUCUGUUUGCUGUGUAUAAUUGUUCACUCAGAAACCUUUCUGUGUCUCUGCCUUUCAAUGUUACUCACAGAGUAAAAAAAAAAAAAAGACUUUUACCAGUGACAUCAAUAAAACAUUCUGGGCCAUGCACCUUCUAGUGAAACAUAUGUAAGAUGAUAUUGCAAAUCUGUGAUUUUCUUCAAUGUGAAUCUUUUGUGUCCCUGUCUUGUCCCUGAGGCUCUGUUAAAAAAAAAAAAAAAAGAA